AUGACUGGAAAGUACAUAAUCACCGGUGGUCAUGUCGUCACUCUGGACGACUCCCUGGGCGAUUUUGAAAACGGAGCAGUACUCGUCGACAACGGGAAGAUAAUCGCCGUCGGCAGAGCUGAAGACAUAUGCGAUCCCGAUGCGGAGCUCAUUGACGCCACGGAGGGCGUGGUCAUACCUGGCAUGGUCGACUGUCACCGCCACGCCUCGAUGAGUCUCACUCGGGGCAUCGGCAUUGACCAACACCUGUGGCACUUCCUGUCCAACACUUACACCCGAUGGCUACCGGCCACAGGUGUAGAGGAAAUGCGAACUUCGGCAUUGGUCGGCGCUCUUGAGGCGAUCGAGAGCGGAGUGACUACCAUUAUGGACACGUGUGAGUCUUUUCAUUCUGCCGACCACGCUGAAGCAGAACUCCAAGGCUUGAAAGACUCGGGAAUCCGCGGAUUCUUCUGCUACGGCAUGAGCGGCGACCAGUAUGGAGACGUCCCUGCGGGCAAAGCCGGAUGGGAGGCCAGAAUGGCCCACGUGGAGAGGAUGGCACAGGAGCAGAAGUCGCAGGAUGGGCUUGUUCGUGUGGCUCUGCACCUCAGUCAGGGCGGUACGAUCCCAUUCUCUUGGACAGGCGAUGAAGUGAAGCUCGGCCAAGACCUCGGGAUGCUUUGCUGUUCCCACACCAGCGCAGUCUUCAACUCCGUUCUCACCAAUGACCUGGAAGUCCGCGCGGACAAGGGUUACAUGCUUCCAGGACACGUCUACAUCCAUUGCACAAGUGUGAACGACCACGAAAUGGGUCUCAUCGCCACUACCGGGGGCAAAAUUGUGCUCGCGCCCGACACCGAUAUCCAGAUGGGUAUGGGGUACCCUCCCCUGAGAGGGGCUGUUGCACACGGCCUGAAGCCUGCCCUUAGCAUCGACACUUCGAGUGCUACUCCGCCUGAUCUGCUCUCCCAGAUGCGGCUGCUACUUCAAGUGCAACGCGGAUUGGACCACAACGUCGCCCAUCUCGAUAAACGCAUCUCGUUUGAGAUGGGGUUUGGGGCCCGAGAUGCUCUUAUCUGGGGGACCCGGAAUGGCGCAGAGGCUGUCGGCCUCGGAGACCAAAUUGGUACUCUUACCCCUGGGAAGCGUGCCGACAUCGUCAUUCUUACCAGCAUACGCGCCCUCAGCGGAUCAGCCAAUCAUCUUGGGACAGCCGUGCUUCAUUCAACACCUUCCGACGUCGAUCUGGUCAUGAUUGACGGGCGUAUUCGCAAGAGAGAUGGAAAGCUGGUGGGUGUCGAUGUCGCAGCGAUCCGGGCCAAGGCGCGAGAAGGGCUCAGGCGCAUUCAAGAUAACCUGAAGAAGAUGCGCGCAGAGAUGUCUCCUGAACAGGUUGAGAAGUUCUUCAGAGACGGUGAGAGGGCCUUCCGAGUCAACAUGGCGGACGCAUACUCUCAAGGAGCUGAGGUCGGUGACUACCUCCGUGCCUAA